AUAUGUAUGUACAUAGAUACAGCACAAAGCGCGGCCCCUAAUACUUAUUAGAACGGCCAUAAGGCGUUCCCCUUAUUCAUGCGGGAAAAAAAGAACAUUCGCGUAAAAUGCUUUCACCCGUCGCACGCAAAUCUCCUCUCUCUUGUUUUUUUCUAAAAUAUGGUGAAACAUGAACGAUAGCGACACUAAAAAAUUCAGGAACAUAAGCGAAAAGGUCCAGGGGAAGUACACCCCAGUUAUAAAGUUCGGGGGAACGAAUAAAUACAUCAAUAGAAAUUACACAAAUGAUUCCGAUGCCACAAAUGGUAUAAGUUUUACCGGAGAUGAAUUCAACUCAAAGAGCGUAGACAUAUACUAUGAUAACAAGUACGGGGUCAACCGAGUGUGCUUCUCCCCCCAAGGGAAGUACGUAGCAGGGUGUGGAACAAACGGAAUAAUUUACGUAUACGAUUUGUAUGAAAAUAAACUGCUGACAAAAAUUUGCACAAAGAUUGACAACAUAAGGGACUUAACAAUAAGCGAUAAUGAUAAGUAUAUAUACGCCUGUGGUGAUAAUAAAAUUAUAGAAAUAUUUGAUCUGUACGAAAGUAAGAAGAAGGUCUUUAACGAUGACGUUGCGAGGUAUGUGGACGUUUCCAUCCCGAGCAUAAUUAAGAGUCAAAAUGGGAAAAGGGAAGAUUGCGCUGUAGGGAGAAGUGGGCACAAUGGCGGGAGUGACGAAACGGGGCAGGGACAACUGCCCCUGAAGGGGGGAAGAAGGAACCCACUCGAUAAUAUCUACGCCCCAUGGAUGAAGGUUAAGCAUAGGGAUUUUACCCACAAUAAAGUUGUGUACGUCCCAGUAUAUAACUACAGCGAUUUGAUCAAAAGCAACAUCAAUAUGGUAGACUUAAAUUGCAUUAAAAUGAGGAAAGUAAAUCCAGUUAUUAAUAAGUCCCUAUUUAUUAUUAAAGAUUCACAUGAGUGCAGCACCUCCUGUUUGGCAGUGCCAAAUGUAAGCACCUUCUUAGUGUACUCAGGGGGAGGGGAUGGGUUGUUAAAAAUAUGGGACAUCAGAAUGAAUAUGUUUACACUACAUAAGAAAGGAAACAAUAAAAAGGGUACAUCCAAUGUCAUAUUUUUAGAUAAUAAAAAUCCGUAUGCUUCUAUAUGCUCACAUGAGGACAUCCUGACCAGCAUCAAUUUUAACAACACGAUUGACCAUGAAGGUGCGUAUAAAAUGAGGAGGGCAGAAAGGAAGAGAGAGAUGAGAGCCAGGGAGAGGAGGCAACGUGCAGCUAAUGGGAACAACUCCCAAAUGGAAAAGGAACCACACAGUGGGAAGACUGAACAAUCGGCCAGCUUCGAAAAUGAGAAGCUUUUCUUGGACGAUGAGGGUAACAACUCGUCCUUUUCCUCCUCGUGUUCUUCCGUGUCCUACUCGUCCAUCACCUUUAACCUGACGAGAAACAAAUUUAAUAACAUCCUGAUGACAAGCGGGUACGACGGGUACAUUCGCCUGUACGACAUUAACAAUAAUAUUAUUAAGUCCUUUUAUGAUGAGGAGAAAAGCAUCACGCACUGUAUGUUCAGCUAUAACAACAAAUAUAUCAUUAGCACGAACAAGUCCAAAUACGCAAAAAUUUUUGACUUUAUCUACAUGAAUAAUAAGAAGAACGCAAAAAAUAUGGUGACGUACCUUUCGAACUACCAAUCUUACCAUUUGAACAAGCCCAGUGGAGAUAACCCUGAGGGGGAGGAUGACAAUGAGUAUGGCAACUGCGCCAAGCUGUACGAUGACAACUUUUCGAAAGACAUAUACAGCGAUAAGGAAUUCCAGCCCUGCAACAUUAAAAAUAUAUAUGAAGAUAAAGAACUGGAGGAAAGGAUAAAACUGGUUAACGAGUUAAACAGGAAAAUAAGCAAAGAGGAUAAGAAGAAAGCCGCGGGCGAGGGGGCAAACAAAGUAGCAAACCAAGUAGCAAACCAGGUAGCAAACCAAGUAGCAAACGGGGUGGAUAACGGAGUGGAACACGAAUCAGAUGGCACCUACUCAAACACAGACUCCAGCGUCUUUGAUGAAAAUACCAUAAAAACGAACACCUUUUACGAACAUGUUAAUAAAAAGUUGGAGCCCACGUGGUCCCUCUUUCUGGACAACAUGAAAUAUAUGAAUCUCAUCCCGUACGAUGAGCUAAACGAAAGUCUGCGGAGAAACCACGAGUAUGUCAAGGCGCAUUAUAAAAAAUUGAACCAUAGUAGUGGUAAAAGCAAUUACAACCAGGGGGAGGCAAACUCGGCAAAACAAAUCUACCACCCGGGAAAGGACGAAAAGGAACACAUGCUGUACUACGAAAUGUCAGAUAUUAUAAAUAACGAAACGGAUAUUCCUAAUUUUUAUUCCUGCGUAGCGGGGGAUAAGUGCAUCAUCCCGUCAGUCGACACGUAUGCACAUGUGUAUGACAUAUACACAGGUUUUCAUGUUAACACAAUAAGUAAUCUGUACCUGCCAAACUAUCAUCAUAAUGAUAGCUCCUAUUUUGACUCGAGCAGCACACACCAGCCAUUUUUCAAAAAGAGGCAUUUGUCUUUUUUAACAAGUGCCGACACGUACCCGAAGAACCAGAAUAUCAUUGCAACGUCGAAUGGGUACCCGGAUGGCUCCAUUGUCCUUUGGGUUUUUGCCCCCUUCUAG